GCUUGUAAGUCUUGAUUCCAACUUUCGCAAUCAGACUCAUCAGCUCGCUGAGAGUUCUCCUCUCUUUCUUAUGUCUUUCUUUGGGUUCGAAAGUAGCAAUUUAGAACAAGAAAAGAAGAAAUUUUCGGAAGGAGGCCUCCAGGAAACCGAGGACCUUGCGGUCUACACCUGGGGUGAAGAGAGCUAUGACGGGCUAGGAGAUGCACUCCUUGAAGGCGGCGAUGAACUGAACGACGAGACCUUUGGUGCGACAGGUGCUGUCGGCAAAGACUUUGAUUUUGCGAGUCAAACUCUCCCUACGCCCAUAGGAAGUACACGUGGCAGGUUCACUCCUGCUGCAGAGCCUUUCAGAGAGCGGACACCUGUGAUUGAACCUGCGUCGAAGUCCCGUGAUCGAGGGCUUUCUCCAGCUCCAAAAUCCCUCGAGUCAAUAUGGGACGACAAGUCGCCGUUCUCCAUGCUAAGCCGUGCUGCAGGUCAUCAGCGUGCACCCUCCAAUUUGAUGAAGUCUCCGUACCCGCCUUCGAGGUCCCCAGCGCUCAAUGCAUACGCGGACCACCGGCCUCUCAGUCAACAACAGCCCAUCUCUCACGGUAUCACCCAAACGGGCGUUCGUACUCUACAGGAGAUUGAGGCUGAAAUGCGGGCUGCUCAGCAGAAGCGCAAACAGCAAGAAGAGAUGCUUCUGCAAGUCCAGCUGCAACAAGAGUUGCAAAGAGAGGAAGAACUCCGCAGACAAGAAGAGUUACGUAGGCAAGAAGAGUUCCGCAUGCAAGAACUUGAACGGCAAGACCAUCAGAGGCUCCAACAGGAACAUUUGCUUGCAGACCGCAUGCGAGCUCGUGUGGAGCAAGAACAGCAGCUUCGCUUGCAACAGCAAGCCCGAAUGUCUACUCCGCGAGUAGUUUCUCAUCUCGCGCCAUCCCCUCGCUUCAAUCAGCAGCACCAACACCAGCAGCAAAUACUCCUCCUCCAACAAGAACAGGAACGUCAGCAGCAGGAGCGGUUGAAGGAGCUUCAAGAUCGCCUCCGCAUGGAAGAACUCGAACGGCAGCUUCGCGCCCAGCAACUAUCCCAGUUGCAGCAGCAGCAGCCGAAUUUGCUGGCGCGCAGACAGUCUCCUUACGCAGACACGCAACGUCGCACGCACUCUCCUGCCACUGACUCUCAGUAUGCACUGUUCAAUCAGCAAAACACUCAAUACAUGCCCCAGAGCAUCCAGCUGCAACAGAGGCUUUUGUCAGAGAUGGCGCAAGUCGAGUUUAUGCGCGAUAUGCAGGGCAUCAGUCAGGCUGAACAAGAAGCAUUGCGGGUUGAGGCCAUGCGUAAGAUCAUGGAAACCGAGCGGAUGGAGGAGAGGCGCCGUCGCAAGGCUGCCAAGAUCGCACACAUGUCUCGCUAUAAUGAUCUGAUGACUCAAUCUGAUAAGGAUUUUAUUACUCGUAUCCAAGUCUCGCAGCUCGUUACACAGGAUCCCUACGCCGAAGACUUCUACGCUCAGGUUUAUGGUGCUAUCCUUCGUUCACGAUUAGGACUCCAGUCACAGGAUGAGCGCGUGAUCAAAUUUGGCUCCAGUGGCGGCGUCGGUCUCGGACUGGCACAAAAGGGCAGUGGCAGAAGGCAGAGUGCGAUGCAAAAGAUGGAAGCCCAGGUCGAACGCAUCGUCAACAACGCGCGGCUUAGGGAGAAGGAAAAGGGAUUGCACUCAUUACACAGUCUCCAGGGCGCUCUUGGUAAAACAUCUGGCCGUAGUUACAAGGCAGCACCGCGACAACUUUUGCAGGUCGAUGCAUCUUCAGCGACUCCUACUAUGUCCGGUACCCAUCCUCACAUAUCCAAAGAAGAUGGAAACGGUGCCGCACAAGAGGCUGCGAAACUCGGUCGCGAGGCGCUCGGACAAGCUGCUGGAAGCGACGCCGUGGUGCGCAAGGACCCACUCACCCAACGCCAAAUACUUGUUGUGUUGGAAGGGCUUUAUGAUCUUGUCCUGAAUAUUGAGCAACUCAGGCGAGAUCAGCCUCUAGAGGAAGACGAGGAAGACGAGGAAACUUUUGUCGCAUGGUCAACGACAUACAAUGAUCUUGUCGAGCAAAUAUGGAUGAAUUUGAAGGUCAUGUUGCCUCUUGAAACGAGUGAUCCCCACCCAUUUGUCUCUCUACUUACGCCAGUCAAGGGGAAAAAGAUUCUGCCGCGGCUCAGCCGUCACAUUGCGCCGCCUAGGAUGCUCACGCUACUUACGCUUUUGGUCGCCUGCUUCUCUCAGCUUGAUGUUGUCAAGCAUGCCCCUCUUCUCGACUCACUGGAGGAAACUCCCAAACGUCAGGACGUCGAGCGACAGACCCAAGCGUUUCUGGGAAGUGUUCUACAGAGUAUCUUGCCUGUGGUAGCGAAAGCUGAGCUGAGGGUCAUCACUGGGCUGCUUGGAUUACUCUUGGACCGCACCAACAUUGUGAUCUCUGCUCAGACUCGGCCUGGCAUCGCCAUGUUAACGUUGUUCUUGAGCCGAGUUGAGAUUGUCAAACAGGGCAUGAGUAGCGCGCAAGAGUCCUCAGAAAUACCAACGCCUGCGGAAGCUCAACAGUGGCAAACCAUGUUUGAUCAUCUAUUCCAACUUUUGAUGCCCCAUUUCGUGCUCUUAUUUCCCUCAACUCGUCUUGUUGCCCAACCCCUCCCCGUAGCGGCUCCCCUCCCACCCACGGACAUCCUUGACCAGCCCGUUUGGCAAUUCCUUGCCGCACUGGCACUUCACGCCUCUCCCGAGCAACAAUCUAUUCUCGUCACCAGCCUACGCGAAAAAGUACUGGAUAUCGUGACAAGUGUCAGCAAGGGCUGGGUAGCAGAUGAGGAGGAGCGACAGACGAAGCUUGCUAAUGUCAAUCUCUUCCUCCAUGCGCUUGGGCUGGACAGUUCGCAAAUAUCAGUAUGAUUCUGGUUGUGGUUCGGACAACAUCAUGUAUCACUAUCAUUACUCGCGUCCUUAGAAAGAUAAAAUUACUCGUGGCUUGUCACUCAUGCAAGCAAAAUGGGCUGUUCGUUUGCUUAAUUACCUUAGAUUGAAUCGAUUUAUGUGUUUGCUGCAGCAUAUUAUGUUGAAACGUCGCUUUGAUAU